GUUAGCGGGUUUGACCGCAAAGAGAGAUGUUAGACUUCAUGUUGCGUUGGAGCGGGACAGUUUUGAAAGAGUUGACUUACCUGUGUGCUCAGGUUUCGUAACCUGCCGCAAAUAGCUAAGAAUUUGUCGAACUUGGAUUCUGUGUAAAUAAUCAUAAUCGUUCUGUAUUCUAAAGUUUAUGGUCAGCAAUGAGAAAUCUUUUGGGCAAAGCAGGUCUGUUAGGAUCGGUGUCGGCAGCUUUUGGUUCAAUACUGUGGUCGCAACAGAAGACCGAAUCAGAUGUGGUCGCUUCAGAUUCUUCUGCUGCUGACUCGAACCCCAGUUCACCCUAUGAACUCAAACUGGUCCAAGUUUUGUUCCGACACGGUGCUCGUACACCACUAAAGACAAUACCUGAUGUGAUAGAGGCCCAGUGGGUUCCAACGCUGCUGGAGCCUCCACCCUACACCCAGAUCAACUAUGUGGUGACAGAUCUUCAGGGUGGACCCAGGCCUCCGGCUCCUGUAGAGGAUAGCUAUCGGAAGAAUAUACUGACCGGUGGCACAUACCCUGGUCAGCUGACCACAGUGGGCAUGCAGCAGCUGUACGAGCUGGGCAUGAGGUUAAGGAGGAGGUACAUUGAGGAGAGUCCCUUCCUUAGCAUCACCUAUACUCCUGCUGAAGUCUAUGUGCGCUCCACAAACAUUGUGAGGACCAUUGAAUCUGCAAAAUGCCUGGUAGCAGGCCUUUUCCUGCAAAAGCAAAAAGAAAUUGUGCCUAUCUUUACUACGGAGGCAGAGUCUGAAAUUCUGUAUCCUAACUACCAUGGAUGCAAGCAGCUCAGAAUCCUUGGCAGCCACCGCUGGGCAGAGUCGUCCACUCUGCCAGACAUUGCUGCAGACCUGCAGCGCAUCCAGAGUGAACUGGGGAUCACCACAAACCAGAACGUUGACUUCAUCCUCAUUAGGGAUGACAUGGUUGCCAGAGAGACACACGGCCUUCCCUGCCCACCAACGCUGGACUCCUGGAGGAAUAAAGUGGAACAGAGAGCUGUGGAGAUGAUGUGCCAUGUCUAUGAACCCAGCAAGAGGGAAACCUUGCAGCUGUGCGUAGGACCCCUCCUGCACACACUGAUAAACAACAUGGAAGAGAAACUGCUGGGCAGCUUGUCAGAGCCAAACAGGAAGAUGUUUUUGUAUUCUGCCCAUGACACCACUCUGAUUCCCUGUCUCAUGGCUCUGGGGAUUUAUGAUAUGAAAUGGCCACCAUAUGCCGCUGAUAUCACUCUGGAGUUGCAUCAGAACCGACAGACCAGUGAAGCCUUUGUUAAAGUGUCAUACAUAGGUCAGGAUCAACUCAUCCCAGGUUGUAGUGGAGUCUACUGCCCCCUGCAGGAGUUCAAAAAGGUCCUCUCAUCAUACUCUCUGAGCUCUGAACUGUACAAUUCAAUUUGUAACAGCACAGAGGGCUCAGCUAAACUCUGAACGCUCAACCAGCAGCACUACCCAUGACAUUACACGCUAAAAUCAAGUUAAAUCCUUCUAUUACGGCUCACAGUAUUCAGUCACUAUAAAGUCAUAACAUGUCACUGUCACAUCACAGUUUACAAACUUAAUUUUAAAGCUUACAUCACUUAAUUUUAACUUUCUUUAGCCCCAAUUUAACGUCAGAUUUAAUUUGACGUUUAAGCAGCAGUGAGAUGUGUACAUGCAGAAAGGUUUUGCAAUGCAGUGUUUUCUUGACACCAGGUGCUGGAUGCACAGGUGUAUAUUUGCAUUUUGUUUGACUAAAUUAUUUAGACUGAUUUAUUUUAUGCCUUUUAUUUUGCAACAAAUCCCAUAAACAUGUUUACUUUACAAGGGGUGAGUGAAACAGCUGCCUCUAGAUUUAACAAAGUUUUCAAAUAAGAGUAAACUGCAUCAGCUUGGAGCUACUUUUACCUGCUUAAUUAAAGUUAUUUCAAUAAGUAUCCACAGCAACAGGAAAAUGUAGUGGACACGUGAAUGUGUUCAAAUAAACCUGCAUACAUUAUAAUGAAGGGAAAUGUCACCCAGUGUAAUGGUGUGACUCGUGUAUGUUUUAAUAAUUCUUAGAGAUUGAGCUUUACCGCAGAGGAAUAUAGACUUUGUAUGUUUACAUGGAAAAUAAAAUGAUGGGUUUGCUUUUAUUAGACUUUGUUGACAGUCUAUCAUCAGUAUCUCACUAAUUAAACCCUUGAUACGGGUAAACAUUACAUUUAUAUAGCAACGUAUUAAAAAUGUGUCUUCAAUGUCUGUCUUAUAGCUGAUGCAAUCAUUCUGCCAAACUGGUUGCGCUAACAACCAGAUCUUACUCAUUUCAUUCCUCAGGGGAAUACUUAUAUUUUCAUGUGGUGCAUCUAAUGUUUAUGAGCAAAGGUGUUCAGAAAGUGGUCUGUGUAUUAAUAAGUGAAUGUCUUCAUAACAAUGUAGAGCCUGUAAAGCUGUAGGAGUAAUUCUGCAACAGUAUGUUCUGAGAACAACACUGCAUUUCCUUCUUGUAUGAAUACACACAUUUUACAGUUGUAAGAAUGAGUGUUGCAAUAACACACCUUGUACCUCAUUAGCAGGAGUUCCCUCUGACAUGCAGCUUAAAAUAUAAAGAUGUGGUUUGAAUUUGGUGAGACAUAAAUACAGAUUUGAAUC